AUGUUAGUGCAUUUCGCGGGUAAAAUGGCGUUGUGGAAUAAAGUGGUUUCAGGAUUUGAUAAAGAAGAAGAAACUGUAAAUUUUGGGGCAAGAGCGAUAACAGAAAAUAAUGGCUCUUUAUAUGAAACUUGUACUACAGCAACAAUACAAUCGAAUGAGAAGGUAUCAAAGGAACCAAAUAUUUUAGCAUCUAUACAAUAUUCAAGAGUUUGUAUAGCAAUUGAUAAAUCAAUCACUAUAUUUGAAAAUGAAACAUGUGAAAAAAUAUUAGUAAAUGUCAGUUUCGAAUUAUUAAUAACAUGUUACUGUAUUUCUCAUGAUGGUAUAUUUUUAUUUGUUGUUUUAUCAAAUGGAACAUUGUAUUGUCUUUAUUUAUUAAAUAAGGGACAAAUAAUCUUCACAAAAAAUAUUACAAAAACUGAAGAUAAAAUAAUAACAAUAUUUCUACAAAAUGAACCUGAUGAAUAUAUUAAUAUAUAUCUUGUCACAAAAAAAGGAGCUGUUUACAGAAUAUCACAAUUUAAUACUAAACUCAUUCAGUUUACUCUUACAAAUGAAAUUAAUGUUAAUGAUAUAUUAAAAGAAGUAACAAAAGAGAUUAAAUGUACAGAGUUAUUUAAAGGAUUUUCUUAUAAUGAGAUAAUAUAUGCUACUUCGAGUAUGAUAACUAAGGAAAUAUCAAUAGCUAUGUUAUGUUCAAAUAUGUUAUUUAUGUGGCCUAGUGAACAAUAUAUUAAUUUUAGUACAUUUAAUUAUAAUUAUACUAAAGUUAAAUUUUUCAAGAAUUACAUUGCAAUGUUAUGUUUACGUGCAGAUUAUAUCUUAAGCGUAAUAUGUCCUCAAACUUUACUUGGUGUAAAAGUAUAUUCUAAAUCUGUGUUAGAUUUUGCAAUUAUUGAAAGUAACAAUAAUAAUUUGUGUCAAAUCCUUAUGUUAACACAUGAUACUAAUUGUGUUACACGUACAUUACAUAUGGUCUCUUACCCAGAUUUCCAAGAAAAAUUUAAAAUAAAUGUAUCAAUUACAACAUAUCUUAUUGAAAUUAUGGAUCCUUGUGAUGAAAUAAUUUUAUAUUUGGAAGGAAUUAAUGGUCCUAAUAAUGAUGAAAUAUAUAUAGAUACAAUUAGAAUAAAAACUAUAUCAGAAAGUCUCCCUGAAUAUCAAUUGCAACGUUUAGUUAGAAAAAAACAAUUUGAUGCAGCUGAAGCUUUUGCAAAUAAAUUUAAUUUAUCUACAGAUCCUAUUUAUUGUGCAAAAGUUACAUUGCUUCUGUCACAAUGUGGACCUUGGACAAAAAAAAAUUUUAGUCCUGUUCAAUUAAAUAUGCUUUUUAAUAUAUUUGAUAAAAUAAAAGAUGUGCAAUAUGUGGUAGAAUGUUGUAACAAAGUACUUAUAUCAGAAUAUAAACAAAUGAAAAAAAUUAAUUUAUAUGCACAUUCAAGAGUAAUAGAAUAUGCUGCUAAAGAUGAGAAAUAUUUAAAUCUUCUUUCUUCAACUAAUAAUAUACUGCAUAAGCUAGAAAGUUUUCAUAUGAUUUGGGGUUAUCAGAAAAAUGUAGAAUAUUAUGAUGAAGAUGUUAUAAAUGAAUGGAUUAGAUUUUCACGUGCAAAUUUAAUGGAAGAAUACAAAACAUAUUUGUGUUUGGGUGAAAUGGAAGCAGCUACUUUAAUUUGGACAAGACAUCUCCCAGAUCUAAUAAAACAUGUAUCUAUAGAAAUUGUGAAAGAUAUAUUUGCAAUUCUUCCUGAGAAGAUAUCAUUAAUUGCUCUUUGGUCAUGGUUAUCACAUUUUAUUCCCAGUUUAUUGUCAAUUAUUCCUAAUGCAAUGUGUGAAAUAAUUCUUUGGGCUAGUAAAAAAAUUAAAUCAUUUGAACAAUCUCAUCGUUCAAAAUGGCCUCAGAUUGGAAUUGAUUUUACAAAAAAGUUUAUAAAGUUAUUGAAAUUUGAAGGAAACCAUCAUUCCUUAUAUCUCCAGCAAGAAUAUCUAAACAAAGACUCUAAUUUAAAACAGCUUGUUUUUUUAAUACAAGCUAUGUCUGAUAUUCAAAAACUUAAAGUAAAUUAUAGAUUAAUAAUCUCUCUUAAUUCGUAUAUUGAAGAGCCUUUGGAAGUAUCAUAUAUAUUACUGGAUAAAAUACAUACAGAUAUAAUUCAAGAAUUUGUAAAUACAUUUUUAAAACAAUACAUGUUGAAUAAUUCUUUACAAAAUGAUUAUGUGUUUUCUUCGUAUGUACAGAGAACUCUAAGGAAUUCUAGAAAUUGGUGGUCUGGUGAAGAAACUCCAUGGGAGAAAAAAAUUGUUCUUAUUAUUAAUUUAAUUCAGAAUAUAGAGACUAAAUUACAACAAACAUUAGAGGUAUUAAAAAAAGCUACAGUUCCAUGGUCUUCUACUAUUGUAACUUUAACAGAAACAAGUUAUAAUUUUGACCACAUUUUAACAUCCCAAAUCAGGAUAGAACAUAAUUGUGUUCCAAUUAAACUUAUCUUAAAGAAAUAUGGAUAUGAACGCAUUGGUAUAAAUAAUAAAUUAAUACAUCGUAUAAUAAAAGAAAAUCGUGAAAGUAUGAUUUCAGAUAUUGAACAAAUAACUAAAAAUGAUUUAUUAUCAAGAAAAAAAGCGUUUUCAUCUUGUGUAAAUUAUUAUUUAGUUAGAAGCAAUUUUGAAAAUGUAAUGAAGACAUUAAAUUCCUUAGAAGAUGAUGUUUUAUUAUAUUGUUGUGUACAAAUCGUUAAUUAUGUAAUAGCUAGUUUAACGUUAAAGAUCAUGCCUGAAUCCCUUACGUAUCAUAUUGAAAUGUUGGGUUGGGUAAAAUUACAAUUAGGAAAGCUUUCAAGAAAGUGCAAAAUCCAUUUCAAUCAUUGUAACAAUGUUAUUAAUAGUAUAAAUGAAAUAAAAUCAAUGUAUUUUUUAAAAAAAGAUUUCCAAAUUGAUAUUACACUGAAAGAAUAUCAAAUUAAAAAAAAGCAAAUAUUGCAAAAUUACAUUAAGAGACUGCAUAAUGUGAGCAUAAAGGAAGAUGAAAAUUUAUUGAUCACUUAUAAAAAAAUUAUAAAGAUUGCAGAUUUACUUAAAUUACAAAGAAUUAAUGCUGUAGCUAUAUUACUAGAACAGACAAACAAUAUAAACAUAUUAAAUUAUUUCAUUAGAUGCAAAGAAGGACAAUUAAAUAUAAUGACAGAUGAAUGUCAAUUUGUAUAUAAGAUAUGUUUAUUAAUUAUGCAGGAUAUUAAAAUAGAUACAGAUGUUGCACUUACAAUUCAGAGUUUAAGUUCUGCUGCAUUAUGCGUAUGUUCAAAUGAUGAAUUACAACCUAUAUUAUUAUUGUAUACAUGGACAAAUUUAUAUCAAAAGUGUGCUAAUAAAAACUUUAGAUACGGUCUGGAUUCAUCAUAUAUGAGGAAUGAAGAAAUACCAAAAUCAAACUGGAAAUUAUAUACAAUGUAUAAAGAUUUAGCUAUUGCAACAGAUGAAUUUUUAUUACCACUUUGUAGAAAUGUAAUUUCUGUACAAAGGUAUUAUAUGGCUAAAUUAAAAUUUAAUAAUGAUGAACAUGUACCAACUGAUGAACAUGUACCAACUGAAAAUUCGAAUCAGCUAAAUACAGAAGAACCUUUGAAUGAUUUGCUCAAUAAAAUAAAAAAUUUUAAAAUAGAACAUAACGAUUAUUACUUACUGCAGAUUAUUAAAACAUUAUACUUCAAUUUUUGCGUUAUACCAAAUAUAAAUGAUACUUUAUUAAUAAAAAUUAAAUCAGUAUAUUUUCAUCUUUUGAUGACACUAUUAAAAAAAAUAAUAAAUAGCCGAUCAUUUGAUCUUCAGCUUAGUUUAUCGUGCUUGUUUAUGUUGCCUGAUUCAAAAGCAUGUAAAUGGAUAUCUUCUGCUUGUAAAUCAUUUCAAACGGAUUGCACUCGACAUUUAAGAAUAACAAUACUUGGAUAUGAAUAUUUUCAUUUAAUAAAAAAUAUAAAAUUUCUGGAAAUAUUUAAAAGUAAUAAAAUAUUGCAUUAUUGGGCACAAAAAUUAUCUAAAUAUUUAAUUUCAUAUAAAGAACUCUUAACAAGCGAUAAUACAACUAAGAGAGAGAUAUUGCAACGUAUUAUGAAUUAUAAUGAUGAUAUGGUCCCUUUAUUUCAAGAAUUUUGCUUUGAUUUUGGCUUUGAUAUUCAAGAUUGUUUAUUACUUUAUUUACAAACGAUAGUAAAAACAUGGGAACCAAAAUUAAAUAUAAACAAUUACAAUGGAAAAACAGAAUUGCAUAUUAAUGAAGAUGAAGUAAACGAGUUAAGAAUAAAAUGCAAUAGAAUUGCUGCUUAUAUCUUGGAUAAAGUUGCUUUAAAAAAUUAUAUUACAACUGUCUUAUCACAAAUAAAUUUUUAUUAUUAUGAAAUAUUUAUAAUUCUUAUGGAUCUCAUAGAAGAAAAAAAUAUAGAACAUAGAAAUUAUUUUUGUUUUUUACAAAAUUAUACUCGUAUUGGUCCAGCUACACAAGUAGAAUGUGAUGAAUGGAUGCAUCUUAACCCAGGACAUACAUCCUUACCAUCUAUAGCAGAAUGGCGAUUACCUUUUCUACCUAAAAUUGAAUUGUGGAAACUUAUAACUCCAGAAUUAAAUUUGAAGACUUAUGAGAAAUGGUUAGAUAUUGCUCCCAUUCUUAAAUUACAACCUCAUAUCAUAUGUACUUUAGCCAUAAAAGGAGAAGUAACACAUAUUUGGAAAAAUAAACAUAAAGCAGUUAAAUGGUCUGUUUGUUUAAAAAAUAAUAGUUUAUUAGAUGAUAUAAAAAAAUGUAUAAAAAGGAUGACUGGCCCAAAUGCAUUGUAUUAUGGCACAGCAGCAUUAUAUUAUGUUGUCAAUCAUACACCACCAGGAGCUGAUCAAGUAGCAGCUGUUCAAGAGUGUUAUAAAUAUGCUCAGCUAUCAGCCCAGAAAUCUACAAUGUUUGAAGAUGGAAUGCUAGAGAAAAUAAAAUUCAAAUAUUUACGAUUUACAUCGGAACAUAUUUUACAUGUAUAUGGCUUAGAAAACAAAAAUUAUUUGUCAUUAAUCGGAAAUCCGAAUAAACUAGUUCGUGAACUAUAUGCAGAUGAAAGUAUUCCUCAAAGAUAUCGAUGUGUUAUUGAUCAUAGACCUGAUAUAAAUUCUGCAGUUAACUCUCUCAGUCAGUUAUUUUCUAUCAACAUGAUUAAAUUACGGAUGGAAUUAUUACAGGAAUGGCUACAACCAGAUACUAAAUAUAUAAAACUUAAUCAAAGUAUAACAGAUACAUUUUCAGCAACAACAAAUUUCGAAUCAAAUUCAAAUUCUGAUGAUAAUUUAUUGAGAGCAUGCUAUAUUUUAGAAUAUGGAGAUCUCGAAUUUUCAGCCAAUUUUCUUAUAAAUAUAGCUUUUGAUGAAAAAAAUGAAAACUAUAAUCCUGAAGCAUGCUAUAGAGCUCUUCGUAUAUUACAAACUAUAGUUCAUCCUAUUAAAUUAGAACAUUUAACUAAACGUGAUCUCCAAACAAUUAAAAGUUACAUGAGAUCUUUGAAAUAUAUAAGUAAAUUGGAAUCAUUAGGAGUAGGUUAUAGUAUAAGUACAUUUGAAACGUGUGAAAAACAUGAACUUAUACAAAUUCUGUGGAAAACACAAAGUUAUUCACCGCAAGCCCUUGUUAUUAUCGCACAACUUUGCAUAGAUUUUGAAAUAUAUGAAUAUUCUCUCUGGAAUAAAAAUUUAACCAAAUUAGCUAAAUUGUUAAUGAUAAAUGAAUUAAAAACAAUUUUACUACAAAUACGGAAUAUAAAUGCUAUUAUAAAUUCUAAUGGAUAUCUAUUGGGAUGGGAAGCAAUAAUUUCAGAACCUUUUAGAAAAAUGGAUAUGAAUCCAACCUCUGAACAAAUUGAAGACUGCAUCGAAGCUUUACAACUUUUAUAUUCAUGUCCAGUUAUACAUAUGUUAAAUUUAACUAACAUCAUAAAGUAUUGUCUUCAAUGCCAACAAGUACAUUUAGCACUUGCACUUUUACCAUUUUUAAAUGAUGAUGAUAUAAUAUUUGUUUUGGAAGAAAUCAAAUGUAUAUCUGGUAUUACAAAGGCAUUAGAAGGUUUAAAUAAGUUAUAUUCAAAUGGAAUACUUUGUAUAACUUAUUGCAAUAAAAUUGUAGAAAACACACUAGCAAAA